UGUUGGUAUCUUUUGAUAUCUGGAUUUGCUCUUUUAACUUCUGCCAGAGAGCAGUAUGGAACGAUAUCAGUGGUAGGGCCUGCGUUUGUGAACAGGGAGGUUACACUGAAAGCAACACCGUACUAUCCCUGGUGGUGUGACGUAGAAUGGAGAUACAGAAUGAAAGGCGACACACAAUUUCAAAUAAUGAAUGCGCCAGGUGUUAUAAGAUAUUCGGAGGAUAGGUCAUUAUUUCUAAAAUGGUGGGCUUCUAAUGUAUACAACAGAUCCCACUUCUACGCCGGAUGUUCAACAAACACAACAAUAAGAACACGCUUAAUAUCUUUAAAUAUGAAAGAUAUUGUUGGAACAUGUGGAGCGCUCGUGCUUCUAGGCCCGAUUGUUCGCGACGCGGAAGUCAAACUUGGAUAUUUUCCGUCUGACUAUUCAAUACAACAUCAAGCGUAUAGUGGACGAACAUGGAAGAAAAAUCUCGAGGAAAUAGAGCUACGGAUAGGUUCUUACGAAGAAGAAAUAGUUUCUGAAUAUUUUUACGUAUUGGUUAUAUUUAACUUCGACGAAAGAGAUGAGGGGAUGUAUAUUUUAAGUUGCAAUGAAAGUGGAAACACGGAUUCCGUGCAGCUUCAAUUUCCAGAUCCCCCAUCUGACAUUUCGAUGUCCGUUAUCAAAACACAUGACUACAACAAAAAUAGUUCUGCCUGUUUCUUGGAUGUAUCAUGCCAGACAAAAGAAUCAAAUCCACCUUGCACGAUUGAAUGGUCAAGUGACAACGAUAAUUUAAGAUAUAUUAAUAGCAGCAAUUGGACUAAAGAGGAAGGUAGAAACUACCUUUCUGUUUUCAACGCGCUUUACAGGGUGACAAAAGACAAAACUGGUGGAACUAUAACAUGUUCAACAAAAUGUGAUCAUUUCCCAUCUCAUCUAUAUACAAAUGACACAGUAUAUGUUUCAAGUGAACCAACCAUGCAGUUUAACACGACAUCACCUGUUCAUUUAUAUCCGAAUAUUACAGUGAUCGUCAAAUGUCUUGUUGAUGACUGCCAUGUUAUAAGGCAAUGGACGCUUCGAUGGGAAGAUGAAAAUAAGACUGAAAUAAAGACUUGUAGACAAACAGAGGAAUGCCUGUUAACACUGAAUUAUACGGGAGAUGAAGAAAUGACAUACAGUUGCAUCGCAUGGAAAUCGGAUGAGCUUCUGAGAAACUCAAUGACAGUUCUGAACACAAUGACAAAGGAAGCAACAACCAACCCUGCACUAGGUGUGACCCAACACUUGUAUACGGUCAUUUACGCCGUAUCGGGAUCAGUUCUACUUUUACUUGUAACAACGUAUACCAGUCUUAUAUGCAGGCAUUGCAAACCUCAUGUUUAUGAAAUGCUUCUACGCCGAAGAAGAACUGCAGGGAGGGAGCGAAGUGCACAUGUGUACGAUGAUGUUCAGCCUAAUUUAGAGACAACUGAGCUUCACAAUAUACAAGGAGUGUCUGCACGUGCAGUCGAAAACAGAGACGCACCACCAUUGAAUAUAGAAGGAAUUCAAGUCUGUUCAAAGGAUCUUGUCAGCCACUACGACUAUGUGGAUCCCCCAUCCACCAAAAGUAACCGUCGGACCAUAUAAUCAUUAGAAGUUAACUGACCGAUUAAAGACCCUAACUUGAAAGUGUAUUGUUGUUAAAUGUAUUGAAUUGAUUUGUUUUUACACGUGUGUUUUAUUAUGCACGUCUUGCUUGUAUUUCAUUAACUUUGACGAAAUUAAUGUUAGAUAGUAAUUAAGAAGUGAAUUGCAAAUUUGUAAAUCAUUCGCUAUUUCCGAAUCAUUAAUAACGUAUCCUUUAUCUUUCAACCCAAUCAUUUCCAAUUGUAUUCAUACUAUCAACCGGAACGCAUUUAUCCUUUUCCUCCAAACGCUCAAAUGUCGGC